AGACGCUCCGAUAAAAUAGCGAAAACUCUUUGAAAAUCAAUAGUAUAAUUUACAAAUUAUCUGUGAAUCGAUAGAGUUGCCAUCAAAGUGGAAAACGAGAAAAUUGAUAGAGUGAGAGAAGGUCAAAAAUAGCUCGAGCUCGAGGAGUCUCUAGAAGAAGUAGAGCAGCAGCCGCCUAGACUGCCCACAGAGGAGCAAGCGAAAAGAGUAUAGAGAAGAGAUGCCCCAGCCGGAAGAGAAGCAUCUUCAGCAGCUGCUGGUGCAACUGGAGAAGGUGCCACGCCCUCAGCUGCAGCAGAAGUUUGUCGCCUCCUUCAAGAAAGGUCAGAAGGGCCAGGCGGGCCAGUGCUGCCUGGAGGACUUUGCGGCGUACUUUCUGUCCGCAUUGCGGCAUCACACGAAGAAGUACUAUUACUCGCGGAGCUCAGAAACUCCUGUAAAGUCAGUGACGCCCCUCCGCCAUCAGAGACCACCGCCCGAAGAUGUCGUUCAGGAGCCGGAUGAACAGCUAUUUAACGAGUCGUUCGGCAACAGAAGCGCCUCCAGUGCAGCAUCCACGUCCACUCCGGCCAGGCAACAACCGCAGAGCCGUCGCUCCACACCAGCUAGUGGGGGCGGGCAGUUCUGCAGCACACCUCAAAGCGGUGGAGGCAACAGGAGCGCCGGUGGAGGAGGAGGCGCUAGCCACAGCUUUCGCUUGGGCGACUUCCUAGUCAAUACCCCCAACCAGAGCCAGCAGCGGAUGAAGAAGAAGACUACACCCCAAAAUCAAGGUGGGGCCGCCACUUCGGGGUCAACGCCCACCCCACAAUCUAAGCCGCGCCGAAGAGUCCUGCCCAUGACGAUUAGCAAGAAUGUGUCCGCCAACUCCUCCUUCGGGGACACCAGUUCCUUUAGCAACGACAACAACCUGUGGCGGCUCUCGCAGAGCAGCGAAAUAUUUGAUCGAAGCCAGGGAGCAGCAUUGGAAAUGGAAGCCCGGAAGUCCCUGCUCCUUCACAAGCAGGAAAUCAAGAGCGAGGCGCCGGUGAAUCUGAGCCAGCAGGAGCAGAGGACUCCGGACGAUGAACCGCUGCCGAUUGAGAGCGUUAGCCUGGAAGAUGUCCAGGAAACGGCCCACUUGCAGUUGCUGUCUGCGAUUUAUGGCCUCCUCAUAGACCUCAACUUGGUGCCCAAUAUCCUCAGCGAACUCAGCUUCGCGCUCCAGCUGCUCAACGUCAGAGACUUGGCCCAAUCCCCAGAAGAGUCCAGCACAUCGAAGCCGUUUGAGCGACUCUCUGACUAUAAAAGUUGCGUUUUCUUUGCAGCCAAACUUCUGGAGAGCCAACAGAAGCUUCUCCUCCAGCUGGACCGCAAGACGAUGGGUGUGCUUCUACAAAACGAGCGCCUAAGCUUGCUACCCCAGGGCAUGUUGCAACAGCUGGAAGUUUCCUGCCAGCAGAAGCAAGACUUUUCGAGAGGAGAGACUCCGUCGUCCUCUUCCCAACAGAAUGUUUACUUCCACGAGGAGAAGGACUCGAGGGACAACUUUCCCUCGGAGAACGAGUUCCGCGCCUUCAAGUCCCAGAGAGAUCUGUUCUACAAGACCUUCAAGCAGUGGGAGGCGAGUCAUCUAAACCGAAUUUUCAACUUUGCCAAUGAGCUGAACCCCAAGGUGCGGGAAAUCUUCAAGGUUUCGGACCAUCCAGUUAACAUGGCGCACUUUGCCAAGUUGUUUGUCAGCCAGCUGCUGAUUUCCGCCACCGAGACCACAGAAUCUCCCGAAGAGCUGGGCCUGAAGUUGGAUCCUUUGCGGCUCAACAGGCUCGCCCAACGCCUGGUGACCUCCAACUCGAGUGUGGAGGGUCAGUUUCCACGCUCGCAGGCUUUCUUCCGAGACUUUAUCGCCGGCUGCCCCUCAAUGGCGUUUCUCGUCCAGCUCAAGAUAGCCCUCUACGUCCAGCUGAUGCGUCACAACGAGUCAACCUUUGAACUGCUCCAGCUUUCGGAGGAUGUGGGCUCCGAAGAUCAGUCCGCCUCGCAGGGUCCGUACAUAGUACGAGUUCAGACCAUGGCCAAUAUGCUGAUUUUGGCCAAGUUUCUGGGCUUUGUGACGGUGCUGCCCUUCAGCGGCACAACGCAGCACGGAGGACCUGCUCUGCCGGUUGUCUGCCCCCAGCAGCUGCAGCUUCGCAGCCACUUCCAGCCGGAGUUCAAUCUGAGGGAGAUCGUCGAGCGUUCCAUGCGGCAGGGCAAGCUUCUCAUUACUCUGCCGUGGCUGGUACAGUACCUUGUAAUGCUGGACUUGGUUAGUCUGCAGUUGCCGGAUUCCCUGGCCACCUUGGAGCUCCUUUACGGACUGUAUGCUUCACUGAGGACGGAAAAGAUGCAGCCUGGAGCAGUCUUCAUAGUCAGGACCUGCAUUGGUUGGUUGCUGGACGCGCAGCCCCAACUGGUUCUUGGCUAUUAUGGGUACCGGAAGACGGAAUCGGGAUCAUCGCAAGUUGCAGGAACUAUAGAGCAUUGCCUCAGUGGGCUGCGCUCCCAGGAGAACUCCCUUGCUCCCUCGCUGGAGGAACUGCUUCCUGUGGCAUGUCCCUUCUUGCAGGAGUUUCGAGUGAGCAUCACCCCGUCGAAGCAGGCGCGAAGCGGUCGCUUCCGCUACAUCACUACGCGGCUGGAGCAACUGACACACAACAGCAGCUCGAGUUCCAAGGAGGUGAUUGUGCCUCCUUCCGAACUGACACCCGCGGACCACCAGCAGCGCCGCUUGGCAGAUGCCUUCCUCCACUCCCAGAACGCUUCCACGCGGAGAUUGAUUGAAUUUGUGACGGAGCGCUGCUUCAAGUGCGUCGUGAAGGACGCUCAGCAGGAAAUCCUACUCCCGUCCAAGGCGGCGGCAGAUGGGAAGGUAAACGAGAUCUCCUCGGAAGAAGAAAAUGAGGUGCUGCUGCAGCUGCAGCAGAUAUUUCAGCAGGCCAGGGAGCAGGCUUGUCAGAGCUGGAAGGAAAAGGUGCCACAGUUGCUAAGCCAAAAGAUAACUAGUUCAUUGGAGGCACUGCUCCCCGCCAGCACCAACGAGGUGUUGCGCUCCACCUACGCCCAUCUCAUCCGUUGCCAAGCGCAGGUGCAGUUGCAGCAGUGGCUGCAGGCCAGUGUGCUGCAGUCGACCUUCUAUCACGGGGAUCUCCAGGAGCUGGCCACGAAGGUUUGCCACUCGAACAGGUACAAAGCGACUGCUGCCGAAGGCGGUACCAGCGAGCUCCAGCUUUCUUCGGACACUGGCUUCAGUUUGUCGGAGCUACUCUUCCAGAUGCAGCAGUGGCGUCAUAGCCUCAGCCUCCGCCCGGACACCGUGGGAACCCAAAAGGAGCUUGUCGAGUUUCUCCGUCAAAGCCAACAGGCAGUCCUCCUAAAGCAGCUGCCAACUGUUUUCUAUCAUCUGAUUGGUUCCGGCCUGGUGCACCUCCUGCAGCUCCUCAUAACCAAGAAACCACAGUUCCUUACCUCUGACGUAACCUCCGUCUGUUGUGUGGUGUGGCUCUCGCCGCAGCUAUCGCCCAGCGAAGGCUGCCCCAGCAUCUUUGAAGGACUCCUGAGCGUCACAUUCAUAGGGGAACUGGGAAAGAAUCCCUACGGCUUCGUGCUGCUGGAGGAGCUUCUCCGAAGUAUGCUUCAGACAGGAGUCAUGCGGGCCGAUCAACUCAACGAGCUAUUUAUGCCGCUAUUUCGCGAGAACUGGCCUCCCAAUGUGUGGACGCCUCUCUCUAAUCUCCUCCAGCAACUUUCAAUCUCCGGAAGCGCAGCCGCAGGCCAGAAUACAUCCGCUGCUGGAGAUAGCCCCGAAGACGAGGCCAAGUCGCAUCUCUUUAUGGAGAUGUUGGCCGAUCUUUCGCGCGAUCUGGAUAGCUUUUAAUAUUGUAUAAUCAUUCUUAUGUAACGUAUCGUUUGUGUGUCGAAUAAAUGUUCCUUUUUAUAAAAUUUUGCUGAAAAUAACUCGGAACUAAGCGGGGUAACUGGCGGGCUAUGUUGUUGAUAAGAUAAGGCGAUAGCUUGGGACGACAUAUGCGUCACUUGCGUACUUUUGGAUUGCUGAUAUUGUGGAGCGAGGUUGUCAAGCGAUGUGAUCAUCGAUCGUAUAGAGUAGAGGUUGUGCACGGACAAACAUUUGAUGAAGAGGAAUCCCCAGUAUUAAAUCGAAACAACUUUCGAAGCGCCUUAU